AUGCGCUUCCAGGGCCUGAUCCCCGCCCUCCGCAUAUUCGCACUACCCCUCCGAUCGCACUCCGCCCGAGCCCUCCAGCGACCUCCUCUCCCCAUCCCCAGCGCAACUGUCCUCAAAGCCGGUCCUACAAUCCCCUUCCUCGGCGCAUUAUUCGGCUCUAGCGCGAAAACUGAAUCCCAGCCCAACAACAUGUCCUAUCCCGACCAGCGCAGUGACGAUGCAUGGCAAGCUGUGCUAAGUCCUGAGCAAUUUAAAAUCCUCCGCCAAAAGGGCACGGAGCGACCCUUCACGGGCGAAUACGAUGCCCACUACCCUUCCCAGGGAGUCUAUAACUGCGCGGGAUGCGACGCACCGUUGUACAAGGCAACACAUAAGUUCAAGUCGGGAUGUGGGUGGCCCGCGUACUUUGACUCCAUCCCUGGAGCGGUUACAAGACAUACGGAUCGGUCGUUUGGAAUGGAGCGCACGGAGAUUGUGUGUAGCAACUGUGGGGGACAUUUGGGACAUGUGUUCAAGGGAGAGGGAUAUCCGACUCCGACUGAUGAGAGGCAUUGUGUGAAUAGUGUUAGUUUGCGGUUCAAGGAGGAUGAAGGCCAGGGGAACUGA